AUGGCAGCCCCGUCGACGGAUAAGCUGCCGUUGGCUCGCCGCGAUGCUGAUGGCGCCGGGGGUAUCAGGGUUACUUGCCCCAACUCCAAGGCCAGCAUCUUGUGUCUUGAUGGCAGAUGCACCGCGUGCUGCGGUAACUGUUGCCAAUGCAUUGGCCUCCCUGACAAGGGAACGACAAAGACUCUCAUCGAGUUCCGUCCCGACUGCUCUGGGAAGUGCCCCUUCAGCCAGGGAGGCCAGGGCCAGGGGAUCCAGGGAUCUCAAGGCCCUCAGGUCUUCAGGGGUCCUGCCGGACAACAAGGCCAGCCGCAAUCUGGAGGGUCCCCGAAAGCCGAAGGUCUUAGGGGAUCCCAGGAACAUGCCAAGCCCCAAGGCCCUCCCGAUCUUCCUGGCCCGCCACCCCCAGAGGACCUCAGCGGUCCCGAAGGAUCCUCGCCCUCAAACCAGAAUGGCGCAGCCCCAUGGAGUCAGCAUGGUCUUGACAUGGAACUCGACAUCGACGACCAAGGCCCGGGACACCACCGAGGGCACGAGUUCGCGCCCGUCCCUGAUGACUACUUCCAUGGCGGGCAGAAGAAGUCUGGAGGAUCUCAAGGCGGCUUCCCCCAGCGUGCUUCGUUCGAGGACGACGGCCUGCCGUACGGCGACCGGUCUCGAGACGAGCCGAUCGGCCUUCGAUAUGACGUUGGCAGCCGCUAUGGUGACUCGCAGUCGCGUGGCCAGGGACGUCACCAUGAGGAGAGCCACAGAUCUAGUUGCCAAUACCAGAAGGGAUGCAAAUAUCACAGAGAUUACUAG